AUGGAGAAUAACUGGUCAAGACAUAGUAGAACUUCUCAGACCUCACUGAAGCCCCGGCGCAGUGGUUAUGAACCAUCUGAUAACGAGACUGAUUUCCAAGAUACACCCUUUUAUGGCCACAAUAGGAAGAUCAGUGGAGGCUUGGAACCUGAAGUGACAAAAGCUGCAGGGUUGGAGUUUGCACGAAACAUCAGCCCUUUGAAGCACGGCCGGAGGCACUCUUCGAUGUUUGAAUAUGAUGCCUCUGCUGCAAGAAAUGAUGCAGUAGUAAGCCCUGUCCGAAGAAGAACCAGCAAAUCACCAUACAAGCAAAGAAGAGAAGAUGUUACAGUUCGUUCACCAAUAGCAGGUUCUGAAACUCGCAGAAAUAUCAGUCCCUUGUCAAAAGCUGAGCGCAGAAGAUAUGUUUCUCCUUUGAAACGAGAAAAAGAAGGGCAUGAUGUGAAUGAUGCUGAUGAAAUUGUGAACUCAAACAGGAAACAAAGCCAAAGAAGGGCUGGUAGAGACCCCCAAAGCAGAAGAUCAGCUACAGCCCCAAGAGUUCGAGCAAGAUCAGAAGUCGAACUACAAAGCAACCGUGAUGUAACACCAACUAAAGGUGAAAGAAGACCAUCACCAUUGUCACAGGCCCUGGUUAGAACAACACCAACUGUAAGGGAGAGAACACCAUCCCCAAUCACAAAAGGGUUGAUCAAUAAACAAAGACAACACACAAAAUCGCCGUCUGUUGGUGAAAUCAAUGAGAUGAUUGCCAAUGUAGAGCUGUCUAAGACUCCUCCAAAGGCUAAUGGUGCUCCACUAGCUUUUGGAAGUUCAGAUUCUAUUGCACCAGGUGAUAUUUUCUUCUCUCGUGAGUGCAAAAUCUUGGCACUCCCCAAAACUGUCAAUCCCAUACCAAAACCAAAGAAUGUCAGUGGUUUUGAGAACCGCUUAACUAUGCCUAAUGUCAAGAUGGUAACUCAAAGAGGAAAUGGUUUUGAUCAUAACGCUCGAGGGACUCCAUCGAGCUAUGGUUUGUCACAGACAACCCCAACAACAACAACAACAAGCUCUGCAUUGAGCAGGCAAAGCAGUAAGAUGAGUGGUACAAGUGGGAGCACAACUGCGAGUGCCAAGAAAUUCACAGCGAACAGAGGGAAAAGUGAAAGUCACUCACUGUUUGCUUGUAUGAGAAAGGGAGGGUCUUGUCGAAAAACAAAAUCACCUGAGCGUUCUCCUGUUUUCAAUGAAGCUUCAUUCAUUCAGAAGGCAUAUGUGGUUCAAAGUCUAAGACAGUUUUGGGCUGAUAAGCAUCAACCGGCUUCAUUGAAUGGAUUCACUAGCCACAAGCAAGAAGCUCAACUUCUCAAGGAUCUGGUAAUUGACAAUAAAUUUCCUCACAUUUUGUUUACCGGACCAGCUGGUUCUGGGAAAAAAGCUCUAACAAUGGCUUUCCUUAGAGAAACAUAUGGCGAUGCAAGCUGGGAUGAACAAAUGUCGAUGCAAGUAAUGGUUCCAUUGACAUCCAGUGCUCACCAUAUAGAGCUCAAUGUGCGCGUGGAAGCAAAUGCUAGAUAUGCAUUGAUGGGUUUAGUGAAGGAAAUCAACAGUGAGAAUGAAAUUGCUCCUGAAGUCAGCACUGUUCAUAUCAAGGGAAAUCAUAAAGUGCUAGUUCUUUACGAUGUUGACCAAGCAGCUGAACACAUUCAGCAUUUGAUCAAAUGGAUAAUGGACUGUUACUCAGAAGCUGUUAAACUCAUUCUCUGCUGCCAAAAUGAUGAUGACAUUGUUGAAUCAGUGAAAAAUCGGUGCAAAGUUAUCAAGCUCGAAGCUCCUGUGACUCAAGAAAUUACAGAAGUUCUUGCUCAGAUAGCAAGGAAGGAAAACUUUGACCUACCUAUGAGCUUUGCUAAUAAGAUUGCUCACAAAUCUAAGCAGAACCUGAGAAAAGCAAUCAUGGGUCUUGAAGCAACCAAAGCACACAAUUAUCCUUUUGUAGAUGAGCAACCAGUUCCAAUCGGAUGGGAAGAGGUACUUGUUGAAGUUGCUGCAGAAAUCCUAGCUGAUCCAUCACCAAAGAGGUUAUUCUUCAUCCGGGGAAAGUUUCAAAAGCUUCUCGUGGGUUUUGUACAUCCGAAACUGAUUUUACUGAAGCUGGUAGAACAGUUCCUGAAAGCAAUGGAUGAUACUUCUAAAAGGGACUUAUAUUAUUGGCAUGCUUACUAUGAGAAAAGACUCCCAGAAGGAGCAAGUGCUUUACUCAAACUAGAAGAAUUUGUGGCGAAGUUCAUGAGCAUAUACCGUAAGAGUGCCAACAGCCGCCAGUAUGUAUAA